AUGACCAACGGUUUGUUAUAGAAAAAAGUCCUUUAUAGAUUAAUUAAUAUAUAAAACAUACAGAUUCGCGCGUACAUCGAUCUUUUCAUUUAUUUAGGCCUGUAAAGUGGUUCAUGCUUGAGAAUUUAAUUGUAAUUUCGUGCAAUUUCCAUAUGGUGAGAUAGCUCUCGGUUGAUCCCGUUGAUAGCACAAAGUACUUUUGAUCGGUUCAAGGUAUAAUUCUGAUUUUAUAGUAGAAACUAUGGCACUGCAAUUACGGAUCUUGUCAAACGUUUUGCAGCGAUUGAAAACUACAAAACCUAUAGCAACUGGCUAUCUCUAUGGUAUUAUGUAUAAUGAUAUACUCGUGGUACUAACAUUUAGUAUAAAUGAGUACGAUAGCGAAGAUAAGAAUUUAAUUGACUAUAUGGCUCUACAAUUGAAUUUACCUGCAGAUAUAUAUUGCUGCGGUAUAUUACAAAUUGGUGAAUGCAAAGAAAUAAAUCCAGAUGUGUUCAAGGAUAUCGAUAUCACUGAUAAUCCACUGCUUUUAAAAUAUUCGCACAGUACAUUAAAAGUGCAAGCAUACUUUUAUAUGCAUCAGAAAUUAGAAGCUACCAAUGAUUUCACUAUUAUUAGUGAAGAUGAUCUUAAUCAGCAAUUUGUAUACAUCAAAUUGCAAGCAACACUUCCAUUGAUUGCUCAGGAUGAAAACAUAUUGGAAGCAUUGGAAGAAUGGCGGAAAAAUAUUGCAUCUGGAAAGAUAGGGAUACAUUUUCCCACAAACAACGUAUAUCUCUUUAGAGCUGAUGACUUAAAAGAUACACCGAUAAAAGAUAUUUUACCUGUAUCCAAAGACCGUGAAAAAUCUUUAAGAGAAUCAAACAAGAUGAGUCAUCAUGUAGGAGUUGCAGACAUUAUUUAUGCACACAUGCUAUUGAAGAUAUCAGGUGAAAAAAAUUCUGAGGAAUCUAUCAAAUAUGCUCCUGUUCUGCAGCAUAUCAAAAAAUCAUUUAACAGUCUAGAAUGCAACUUGCACAUUGAUGCAUUAUCACUGGUGAAUCUAAAUGUGAAAUCUACAGAGCUACAUGCGAUUCUUGUGGAAUCUAUUUGUCGGAAUAUUAGAUUGAUUGAGAUGCAACAAAAGAAACAAUCUGAGGAAACAGAAUUGUUUAAAAAAUUGCCUGAGAUAUUACAUUUCAAACCUCAAGGUUGCGGACACUUAUUUACAAUAGCAUAUCCUGGCAAUUUUACCAGUGACAACACAAUAGAGUAUCGUAAGGCUUUGCACAAGGCUUUAGCGUUUAAUUUAACAAGACCGUAUUUCCGACGUGGGAACGCUGUAAAAUUUAAUACACAGGAAAAUGAAACGCUCAUGAAUCCUCACGAAGCCCUUUUAUAUAAAGGUAUUACAGGGAAACUCAGUGUCGUAUAUGGUUUGUAUUCGUAUCAUCAUUAUAUGCAAGAUAACUUUGAUGACAAUGGAUGGGGAUGUGCUUACAGGACUCUUCAAACCAUAAUUUCGUGGUAUAGAUUACAGGGCUAUACUGAUAUACCAAUACCUACGCAUCGUAAGAUACAACAAUGUUUAGUCGAUAUAGGGGACAAACCGUCUGCUUUUAUUGGCAGUAAACAAUGGAUUGGUUCAACUGAAGUUAAUUUUGUACUAUCUACUCUCCUUAAUAUAGAUGCAAGAAUAUUGUGCGCAUCAAACGGAGAGGAGAUAUCAACUUUAAUUCCACAACUGGCUGAUCACUUUGAUACUCAGGGUACACCUGUUAUGAUUGGUGGUGGAGUAUUGGCUCACACAAUUUUAGGAGUCAGUUACGACGAGGAUUCUGGAGAAGGAAAGUUUUUAAUUUUAGAUCCACAUUACACAGGUGCAGAACAUUUACCUACUAUAUUAAACAAAGGAUGGUGUGGGUGGAAAACAAAAGAUUUCUGGAAAAAGGAUGCAUUUUAUAACAUGUGCCUUCCACAAAGACCUGUAACUUUCUGAUACUGAAUACACACACAGAUUGUACAUACAUUUUCUAAUUUAAUGCAGUAAUAACUCUGCUGCAUGUUCACAUACGCACAUAUAUGUAUACAUAUAGAAUAAUAUUCACAAUAUAGUAUAUACAUUGUAUUAUAUUAGAGUAAUAUUUUUAAGAAAUCAUUUUACUUGUUUAUCAUGUGUUAUAACCGAAU